ACUUCAUUCAAGGUUGAGACUAAGGUUAGAGACUUUGUCUGGUAAGUUUCCUUACUUAUUUCAUUUAUCGUAAUAGUCUCGACAAUAAUAUUUUUUCUGGCAUCUCUGAUACCUAUUUCGCAUAUUAAUAACAGAUUAGAUCCAAUUAGUACCACUGAAGUCCAAUUCCGUAUAGAAGGAUUCUUGGUUUUUACAACGGGUUCAAUAACUUUUCAGUCUCCAUCGAAUCUUAAAAUGAUGUAAUGUAACAGUUCUUCGAAUUUCAACACCUUUUGACUAACAAGAUUUUGGCAAGUUGAUUUGGAUCGGUCAGUUGUCAAGUAAUUCCCAUACCUCCCACCAGCUCUUAACCAGAUUAUUAUCAAGCUACUAAUAACUUCAGUAUUCAGAGUUAAGAUUUGGACGGAUUGUGUUUCCAGUUAAAUCACUAAUUCGUGUAUUGCGAAAUAAAUACAGACGAAAUCUACGCAGGAUCUAUCAUAAAUACGGGUUAGUCUUAGCUGCUACAACAGUAUAUCUAGACAAAAAGCAGACGCGUUGAUUUACUCACUAUCAUACACUUGAAAGAAAAUCUCAAGAUAAUACCCUCGUGUUUGACUUAGUGGCAUUUAUUUUUGAAGUUGAUAAGUACCUUUAAACUACUUAAACUCAGAGUGUUUGUACUCAGUCAGUAUGCUGAAAUUGUACAUAUUGUUUCUUAAUAGUAAUAUUCGACAGUUAUAUUUUAGUUUAAGGUUAUUAUAUGAACUCCCGAGCAACGGAUGUUUAUUACUCGUAAAUUCUCGGAUCUGAUCCUCUAUGAUCAGUUUUUCCUCUAUCUGCACAAAAUAUAUCAGUAGCUCUGGUUGUUGUGAUAAGUGUUUGUAGUGUAUAUCAACUUAACAUAUUAAACGGGAGAGUAACUUACUGGUAAUACAUGACUAAUUCCUGGAUGGAAUUCACUUCCCUAAUUUGUAUUUCUACGUAGCUUCAUUCACUGAGUUACCAGUUGCAUAGUUUUGAAAGUUGGGAGUUAGUAAAGUAUAUUAUGACUUCAGAAAAAUCAUGUCUGACCGAGGUUUGUCUCAGUAUACACGCUGUGUUACAUUGUUCCCAACUUCUUGGAGGAAACUUGUGACUUUUUGGGCAUCUGAUAUCGGUGUUAUCAAAACAAUAAUCUAUAAAUUUCUAUUGAAAUUAUAAAAAUUAACUGGUUCAUCGCACUGUGUGUAAAAUGGGAUAACUAUUUCCCACAAUAUUCCUAAGGAAAGCAGACGUGAAAAAAUAUGCGUUAGAGACUUGCUUGUUUUGAUUAAUUAUCUACUCUUCAUCAGUUUAUGGAACACAGAUACCGCACAAAAAUGUUUGGAAUAGAUUUUCUUACCAAAAUCAAAAAUUUUGUUCUAGUGUAGGUCUACAUCAAUAUUCAGUAUGACUGCAUAGGGUAGUUUUACUAGACUCAAGUCAUCUGGUCGUAGGUAAGAACCUCACUUCACUGACUUCAAGUUAAUCAGAUGGCUAGUAUCACUAACUUUCACAAGUACUCAAGUUCUCUUAAGUGAACACCAAAUUGAUGAAUGGCUCACGUUAAAUUAUUAUUUAGCUAAGGUCAUCAACCACUUUGAUCAUCCAGAGUCACGGUUGGAUAGUCGAACAAAAUCUUGACACGGCCCAAAACCGCUCAUCCGGAUUUCGCCAACCGACGCCUUUUGUGACCCGAACAAAUUACACGUCUACUUGUCAACAAAAAAGUAUACUGCUUGGCAGUGUACCAAAUAUAUAUAACUGUAAAACAUGGUUUAAAGAGAUACAUAGCUUCGAUAUAUCGCUAGUAUUGCAUUACAAUUACCUUCGAAUCGCUACUCAUGCAUAGUGAAGCCAUUGAAUCAAUAGUAUAAAGCUACGAAUAUAGCAAUCUUUAGUUCAAACAAGGCUAAGGAUAGCCAUUCCAAGACAAGGUCAAUCCGUGAAACCGUCGAAUGUUGGUCUGGGCUCUGUCGAGAGACAGACUGCUUUAUUUGGGUAUUCUAGAUAAUCGUAUCUGAUGCUAACGUGUUUGGAUAAUAUGGCUCAAAGUCGAUUGGGCUAUGACUAGUUUAUACAUCCUCUAAAUAUUGAGCUCAGUAUUAUUUCAUACUUUCCAUUAGUUCUAUUUCCAAUCUUAGUUCCUACUAUCUUUGAUAAAUUUUACUGAAACUCAGUCUUUCACCUUGUCGAUUCUAUCUUGUUAUUGUCGGCUUAGAGUGAUGCAUAUUUAUUUCGUCUUAUGUUGUUUACAAGUGACAGGUCUUUUAGCAGUAUGCCAGACAAAACCAAAUCAUAACAUCUUCGUAGCAACGAAACGUUUUGCUGUUUAUUUACAUUAGAUUCUCUGAUUUUGGAUGCUUUAUUCAACUGGAAUCUGUCCUGUUUAUCGUUUUUUAUGAGCUGAAUGGUUUGGCGUAUAGCAGCAAAAUGAAAAUAACCCUAAAUCUAAGUCCUUAACUCAAAUGGAUCUUAUUCCUAUAUUGCUCUGACUGUUAAACAUUGUUCCGAACUCAACCACUUCCUAUCUUCUCAAAGGAAUUCUGUGCUUCACUUUAAUACUUUAUUACAGAUUUUGAGUUGGACUGUUACACAGCUUACAAACUGUACUUAUCCAUCAGUUAUUGUUGAUUUGUCAGUCAGUUUUACAUGCAUAGGAAACAAACUCAAGAAUUCCGUUAAAAUGAUGACCCUGAGUGUUGAUCAUGUAUCAUCUUGCUACCGUUAAUUUUCAUUGUCAGAAGAUGAGAUGAUUCAGUCUUAGCGAAGCCAGUGGUUGUACUUUCCUUAGAAAAAAGUAAGAGUUGACAAUGCUCGAAAUGAAAAAGAAUGGACUUCUUGGACUUCUUGAUUUUCACUUUGCAAGAACAUUUCAUAAACAUCAAUAUUUCGACUGACGUCGGUAAAUGUAGAUUUAGUCCUGUCUCGAAGGUUGCACUAAUAUUCUAGCUUAUAAAUAAUACUAUUAACCCGAUUUGGGGAUGAUAGGUUUGUAAAUUCACGUCCACUAGAAUCCCGUAAAAACAGUUCAUAUUGCCUUAAUUUGAAAAUAUUUUCUAAAAUAAAUUUUUUUUCGCGUUAUCGUUUGUUUUUACAGAAAUGGAGAUCCAGGCAAUCCAUCAAAAUUUGCACUGGGAACCCAAUAACAUACAGAAUGCUAAUUAUACUUCUGAUGAGGAUGAAUUCGAAAGUGGAAACAGUACAGCAAAACUGUACGAACGAUCGCGUAUUAAAGCACUUGCAGAUGAACGUGAGGUUGUUCAGAAAAAGACAUUCACAAAAUGGGUAAACUCCCACCUUUCGGUUGUGUCUUGCAACAUCGAAGAUCUAUACCUAGAUCUACGGGACGGGAAAAUGCUUCUAAAACUCCUAGAGAUUUUAUCUGGUGAACGUCUUCCUCGACCCACAAGAGGAAAAAUGCGAAUUCAUUGUUUAGAGAAUGUUGACAAGUCCUUAAAUUUCUUGUGUGAUCAGCAUGUUCACCUAGAAAAUGUGGGUGCUCACGAUAUCGUAGACGGAAAUUCACGACUAACACUUGGACUUAUCUGGACAAUUAUUUUGCGUUUCCAAAUCCAAGAUAUAAUUGUUGAAGAAUAUCAGACAAGUGAAACUCGAUGCGCUAAAGACGCUUUGCUAUUGUGGUGCCAAAUGAAAACUGCAGGUUAUCCCAAUGUAAAUGUUCGGAACUUUACGACAAGUUGGCGUGAUGGUUUGGCUUUCAAUGCUUUAAUUCAUAAGCACCGACCUGAUCUAAUUGAAUACUCCAAACUGUCUAAAUCAGAGCCAAUUAAAAACCUGACUACUGCCUUCAGUGUUGCCGAAGAAAAAUUAAAUCUUCAUCCUCUAUUAGAACCAUCUGACGUGGCUGUUGAACAACCAGAUGAAAAGUCUAUUAUUACUUAUGUUGUUACAUAUUACCACUACUUUAACAAAAUGAAAGCUGAUACUGUGCACUCGAAAAGGAUUGGUAAGGUUGUCAACCAGGCCAUUGAAACUGACGACAUGAUUAAUCAAUAUGAACAAUUAACUUCUGAUCUUCUUGACUGGAUUAAAAAAACUAUAAAGCUUUUAGACGACCGUACAUUCGCCAAUUCACUUUCGGGUGUUCAACACCAGUUAGCUGGCUUCAACACUUACCGAACCGUCGAAAAACCCCCCAAGUUCAGAGAAAAAGGCGGUCUUGAAGUUUUACUCUUCACUAUUCGCAGUAAAAUGCGUGCCAACAAUCAAAGACAAUAUAAUCCACCUGAAGGAAAAAUGAUAGCAGAUAUAAAUCGUGCCUGGGAAAUGCUUGAAAGAGCUGAACAUGCACGCGAAUUAGCUGUACGAGAUGAACUUAUACGUCAGGAGAAGUUGGAACAACUUGCUUCUCGUUUCGAUCGCAAAGCUGGAAUGCGAGAAACUUGGCUUACAGAUAAUCAGCGACUCGUUUUGCAAGAGUUCUUUGGUGAUAACCUUGCUGCUGUUGAGGCUGCAACAAAGAAGCAUGAAGCCAUAGAGACAGAUAUAUAUGCAUAUGAAGAGCGUGUAAAUGCUAUGGUCAAUGUUGCAGAGGAGCUGAAGAGAGAAAAUUAUCAUGCUCAUGAAAAUAUCCAGUUACGGAGGGACAAAGUACUUGCCAUGUGGCGUAAUCUACUGGACUCACUUAGCAUUAGACGCCAGCAUCUAGAACUAAGUUUACAGUUACAACAUAUCUUCCAAGAAAUGACCUAUUUGAUGGAUUGGAUCGAAGAAAUAAAGAGCCGUCUUAAGUCUCAGGAUUAUGGUAAACAUUUAAUGGGUGUUGAGGAUCUCUUGCAAAAGCAUAAUUUAUUGGAAGCUGACAUUCGUGUUCUCGGUGGUAGAAUGAAUCAAGUUGUUGACCAGGCCACCCCAUUUAUUGUUGGGUCAUUUACACCGGAUAUGGGUGCAUACAAACCGAUUGAACCCGAAAUAGUUCAGGAACGCACUGAAAAAUUACGUGCAGCAUACGAUGAUUUACAUGACUUGGCAGAGGCUCGUCUUCGUGGUCUUCGAGAUUCACGAGAAAUGUGGCAAUUUUUCUGGGAUAUGGAGGACGAAAAGGAGUGGAUCAAAGAAAAAAGCCAGCUUAUGUCCAGUCCAGACUUGGGACAUGAUCUAAGUUCAGUGAGUCGGCUUUUACGCAAGCAUAAAGCUCUUGAAGAAGAGUGUCAGAUGCAUCGAGCUGUUUUAGAAGAUGCAUUGAAGCAUGGUGAACAACUUAUUACUGAUGGAAAUCAAGGUGCUGAGCAAAUAUCCCAGCGUAUCGUUGAAAUGAAUCAAUUAUGGGGUCAAUUAGUUGACUUGAUAACGGAGCGUAAACAACGCCUAAUUGAGUCACAGGAUUUCUUCCAACUAAUGGCAGACUGUGAUGAUGCAGAUGUCUGGUUGACUGAUCAACAACGCAUUGUUAGCAACGAAGAUGUAGGCCUUAAGCAAGCCACAACAGUGUCUUUGCUGAAAAACAACCAGGAAGUUAUGGAUAAUCUUCAAAACUACCAAGAAACAAUAUCUCAACUUAAUCAAGAUGCAUCACGAGUUUCUGAUUACCCAGACAGUGAUGCCACAGCUAUAGCACAUCGUUUAGAUGCUGUCGAUCAACAUUAUGCCUUAGUAAAAGAAUUAUGUAGAUUACGGCAUAAACGUUUAAAUGAUGCUCUUUCGAUGUAUAAAUUGUUUGAUGACUCAGAUACUGUACGUACAUGGAUAACUGAAAAAGAAAAACUUUUAACGACGUUAGUCCCAAGUGACGAAAUUGAAGAAUUGGAGGUUAUUCGACAUCGGUUCGAAUGUUUCGAAAAAGAAAUGGCUGGAAACGCCAAAAAGGUUGGUAGUGUAAAUCUACUUUCAGAAGAAAUGUUAGAUAAAGCUCAUCCGGAUGCUGAAAAGAUAUUAAGACAUCAAGAUGAACUUAACGCAUCAUGGAAUGAGUUAGCUGACCUUGUUGAUAAACAAAAGAGACAAUUAGAUUUAUCUUACCAGUAUAAUCAAUUUUUAAUCGAAAGUUCAGAAACAGCGAAUUGGAUAAAAGAUAAAGCCAAGUUAAUCGAAUCGACCGAUGAACUAGAUAAUAACUUGGAGGGUAUUAUGCAACUUCAGCGUAGACUUGGUGGGUUACAACGCGAUUUAAAUGCUAUUGAGGCUAAGGUUAAGCACUUGGAUGAACAAGCCCAAGAACUUACUGAAGCGAAACCAGAAACUCAAGCUGUUGUUAUAGCUGAAAAAGAAAAGAUUCACGACUUAUGGAAUGAACUGAAAGAGAUCGUAAAAGAAAGAGAUGAUCGACUUAAUGAUUCAAGCGAAUUGCAACGUUUCUUACAAGAUUUAGAUCAUUUCCAAAUCUGGCUUCGUCGCACACAAAUCACUGUAGCUUCUGAAGAGGUUCCAAAUAAUUUAGAGGAGGCGGAGACCCUUUUAGACCAACAUGAACAGUUAAAAGCUGAAAUUGAUGGAUAUGAAAGUGACUUUCAUCGGCUUAUGGAUUUCGGUAGACGUGUGACUGAAGUUCAGACAGAUGCCCAAUACAUGUUUUUGGCCCAGCGGUUAGACGGUAUCGAAGAAAAUUGGGAAGCUUUAAGAAGAAUGUAUGAAAACCGCACCUCAGCAUUACAAGAAGGUGUUGAAGCCCAAACAUUCUUUAGAGACGCUUUGCAAGCGGAGGUCCUUCUAGCAAAAAUGGAGAAGGUUGUUUCCAAGGAAGAAGCUCCCACCAAUCUAGAGAUGGCACAGGAAAAUCUUCGUAAUUUCGAAACCUUCCGAACGUCACUAGUGCCGACUGAUGAGAAGAUUGACAAUGUGUUGAAUGAUGGUGCGAAACUGGUUGACCGUGGAAUUUUCCCUACUGAAAAGAUUCAAAAUAAAUGCGAACAACUUAAACAACGACGAGACUCUCUAAAGAGGCGAGCAGAUGAACAUGGUCAAAAACUCAAAGAACAGUUACAUCUACAAGAAUUUUGUCAAGACGUUGACGAUGCUGAAGAAUGGCUUUCUGAAAAGGCUAUGGCUAUUACAGAGCAACCGGCACCAAUUGCUCGAAGUAUCGCUGCAUUAUAUGGACGAUUUAAGGCGUUUGAAGGCGAACUUGAUGCCAACAAGGAGAAAAUUGCCAAAGUUAUUGAAGAGGGAGAAGAGCUUAUUGUAGCCCAUCCUAUGCUUCAAGUCCAAGUCGAACCGAAAAUAUCCGCUUUACGUAAGCAGUGGGAAGAUCUCAACACAACUACAGCUGAUAAGAGCGCGAAAAUGGCAGAUGCUAACAGGGAAACAUUAUUCGAUGAAACUGCUAAGUCUAUGCUUACGUGGAUUACUGAAGUUAGCUCACAAAUAGUUACUACUACAGAAGAAGUUACUGAAGAAAUCGGUCUCGUUGAAAUCAAUGAACAUCUCAAAGACCAAGAACGCAAGGAUCAAGAAUUGGCUGCCAAACGCCGAAUGCUUCAAGAUAUGGCGACUCAUGCAGAAAAACUAAAAGAACAAUAUCCUGAACGUCGUGAAGAGUUUGAACAAGUUCACCAGGAAGUGCGUAUUCGUCUUACUGAAUUAGAGGCUCCUCUAGCUGAUCGCCGUGAUCGCCUUGUUAAACAAAAGAGAGUUCGUCAAUUCUUACGAGAUAUUGAAGAUGAGAAGGACUGGAUUAAAGAAAAGUUGGCACUUAUUGAAGACUCAUGCAAACUUGGAAGUUCACUACUUGCCACACAACAACUCAUAAGACGUCACCGGAUGCUGUCUAACGAAGUAGAUAAUCAUCGUCCACGUAUUGAUGCAGUUUGUCACGAAGGCGAACAAAUGAUACUUGAAGGUCAUCCACGAAGCGAUCGAUUCCGUGAAGUCAUAGAUGAAUUAUGGGUGUUAUGGGAACAAUUACAACAUGUGGUAGGAGAAAGACAAGAACAAUUAGCACAAAAUGAAGUUGCUCAGCAGUAUCUUUUCGAUGCGAGCGAAGCUGAAGCUUGGAUGGGAGAGCAAGAACUUUACUUAAUGGGCGAUGAACGUGCAAAGGAUGAACAAGGCGCUAAUAACGCAAUCAAAAAGCAUGAACAACUACAAAAAACUGUGGAGAACUAUGCCACAGAAAUCCGUGGAUUGGGUGAACGAUGCCAGGCUUUGUUGGAAGCCAAUCAUCCAGAGUCUGAAGCUGUUGUUGCUAAACAGGCACGCAUUGACAAGAUGUAUGCAGGUUUACGUGACCUGUGUAGUGAACGCCGAGCAAGGCUUGAUGAGAUUCUGAAGUUGUAUCAUCUCUUACGAGAUAUUUUGGAUCUUGAGGCUUGGAUUGCAGAACGUAUCUUGGUAGCAAGUAGUCAUGAAGUUGGUGCUGAUUACGAACAUUGUUGCUUACUUCGAGAACGUUUCGCCGAAUUUUCUCGGGAAACAAAUGAACUUGGAAAAUAUCGUAUCAGUGCAGCGAAUGAAUUAUGUAACGCUCUUAUUGGUCAAGGUCAUAGCGAAGCUGCUGAAAUCGCCAGUUGGAAAGAUCGAAUUAAUGAGGCAUGGGCUGAUCUACUGGAGCUCAUUGAUACACGUAUUCAACUUUUAAAAACUGCAUGGGAUCUACAUAAAUUUUUGGCAGAUUGCCAAGAUGUUCUCGAUCGUAUUGUCGAUAAAGUCAGCAGUAUUCCAGAAGAAGUUGGACGUGAUGCUAAAGCCGUCGCUGCACUUCAACGCAAACACAAUACAUUUGAAUGUGAAUUAGCACGUCUUGGAUCACGAGUGGAAGGAAUCGUAGAAGCGGCUAAUAGCUUACUACCGUCGUACGCCGCAGAUAAAGAGCGUCUUAUAUGUGAUCGUCGGGACGAAGUUAUUCAUGCCUGGCGACAACUACAAUGUUCUGCGGAACAACGUAAAGCACGCUUACAUGAUGCCUCUGAUGUCCAUCGUUUCUUCUCCAUGGUACGUGAACUUCGCUUGUGGAUGGACACUAUUCGUAUGGAAAUGACUACGAAAGAAAAGCCAAGGGAUGUAUCCGGAGUUGAAUUACUGAUGAAUAGUCACCGUAGCCUAAUGGCUGAAAUAGAUGCCCGAGAGGAAAACUUCAGCAUUUGCUUAAGUUUAGGUCGAACUCUUCUAAAUCGUCGACAUCCUCAAGAAGAAGAAGUCAGAAACAAAUGCAUUCAGUUGGUAACUGAAAAAAUUUUGCUGAAUGACCAAUGGGCGGAGCGAUGGGAAACAUUAAGUCUUCUUAUGGAGGUAUAUGAGUUUGCUCGGGACGCUGAAAUAGCAGAUACUUGGCUUACGUCACAAGAAGCUUAUCUUAAUAACACUGAUUUGGGUGAAACGUUGGAUGAAACCUUAGCACUGUUGAAAAAGCAUUUUGCAUUUGAACGUGCAGCCGCUACACAAGAAGAACGUUUCCGAGAGUUAGAGAAACUUACAACUCUUGAAUUGAAAGCGCGUGAAAGAACUCCAGAAACCGAAGCUGCCAGGCAAUUGGAGAAAGAAAGGAAAAUAGCUGAAGCUGUUAAAGAAUUCCAUCCACCUCCACCUCCUGUAUCUGUACCUGUACAAACGCCUGUUUCAGAAGUUGAUAGGCGUGCUGUGGAUAUCAGAGAUGCUGAACAAGGUAGUAGUCGUCUUCCAACGGUAACCACUCCAAGACAUGGACGAGGAAGUUCUGAUGUUGGUAAACCUGUUUCUCGUGACUUUGAAGGUGUCUUAACACGUAAACAUGAAUGGGAAACAGGCACCAAGAAAGCUUCUUCUCGCUCUUGGCAUGAGUUGUAUUUUGUCCUCUCCGCAACGUCUUUCACACUUUCUGCCUAUAAAGAGCAAAGACAUGCCAAAGAAAGGCCUGGAGAUUUAUAUCGACAUGAACUCCCUGUUAAUUUAGUGGGCGCUUCCGCUGCACCUGCGUACAACUACGCCAAACGCCGUUUUGUAUUCCGUCUCAAACUUUCGAACGGAGGUGAAUCUCUAUUUCAAGCACAUUCUGAAGAAGAUAUGCAUAGCUGGGUUCAAGCUAUUAAUGCAGUGGCAUCAAGUGCUAGUGGGCAACCAACAGAGUCUUCUUCAUCUGCUGGAGGACGAGCUGCCACUUUGCCUUCUGGAGUUGCCCCUGAGUCUCAAGUAGCUAGUAGCUCUUCUGCUACAGGGAAGAAAAAGUUUUUCACUUUAGGUCGUAAAAAGUAGUUGAUAUUUUAUUGAAUGUGCUUGUGGUACUUUUGUUGAGGUAGUAAAAAUAACUUGUGACUAUCCCUUAUCACUCACUAUUCUAGCUUCAUAAUUUGAGCUCACAAAGUACACAAGCAAUUAACUUGACCGUGUUUUCUUUUCGCUUUAAAUAAGCGCGCGAGCGCAUUUUCGUAUGAUUUCUAAACAUCCGCCUCAUUUUUAAGUCCUUUGGUUUCGGAAGCUUUUUUAUAAAUAUGUAAGCGCGUUUAUUUUGCCUCCGGUUCGAAUGUCAACACACACAUAUACACAGAUAACUUCUUUAAAUAAUCACCACAUUAUUGCUGAUACUGUUGCUUUUUUUCAAAAAAAAAAAUCGGAAGCAUUAAUUAUUCUUGAAAUAUUUUAAUAAUAAUCCUCAGUUUUAGGAUGUUAUUAUUGUUAUUAUCGCUAUAGUUAUUCUAUUUUAUUUUUUUGUAAAGUUACUCAAAUAAUCACUAAGUUAGUUCAUUUAUGUAUUCGUUCGUUUCUCUGUUUGUUUGUUUGUUUUUGAUUCAUUUUUAUUCCAUCAUUUCAAGCUUACAACACUAUACAUAUAUACGAUGAUACAUUUACAUUGAUUACGAAAAAAAAGAUAAUAAGCAGCCAACUUGUGAAUUUCCCAAUAAAUAACAAUACAUGUGCAUUUUCGCUUUCUUCUGUUGUUAUAUUUCACCCUUUUCUAAUAAUGAACUGCUUUAAAGAAAUUAUGGUUUCAGUUAGUUUGGUUUUAAUUCAUUUGUGUAUUCGUUCGUUUGUUCGUCUUAGGCUAACAACAAUUGACCAAAUUACAAAUCGGUACCACACAUCGUAAUAAUCAAUUAAGUAACUAGUAGUCUACAUGUUUCCAUAUGGCUUUUUUCCAACACUUUUUUCUCUUUAUUCCUCUUCACUGCUUUUUGGGUACGUGGAAAAAGGAUUAAUGGUAGUCUUAUAUUAUCAUUUACAAUAAUUAACUCUGCAUGUUAACAAUCAUAUUGAUAUAUAUAUAUAAAGUACUGUCGACUCUACCAAUAAUCAAGAAAAUAACAAGUAUGAAAGCUUCGUUCCUUUAUGAUGAUAGUAAUAAUAAUAAUAAUCAUGAUGACCAUUUUCGCUUUCCAUUUUCAUGCUUUCUCUUAGAUCCGUUUCUCACCGUUAUUUGUCAUUGGUUUUGUCAACUACACAACUAACAAAUUAGGACAUACAAAAAAUAAAUACGAACAGUAAUUUUAUGAUGGUUAUAUCUGCCUUUAUCAAUGUGAAUAGAUUUUCCUUUUUUUUCACUGAAUUUUUCUUAGUUAAUAUACAAGGAAAUUUAGUCU